AGGGUGAAAGCCACGGUGGCGUCAGGCCCAGAGUGUGGCCCGGUGGCCGCCGAUAAGGGGGCCGAUUGUUGGUGGUCCCCACUGGCGGCCAUGGGCUGCUUCGGGAAUAGGGACGCUGCCCAGACGUCUGAAGACAUUCGUUCUCAGAAGCGCAUAAGUGACCAAAUAAAUAGGCAGCUCGCCAAAGAAAAACAAGUGUAUCGUGCCACGCACCGACUGCUACUUUUAGGAGCAGGAGAAUCGGGAAAGUCGACGAUAGUUAAGCAGAUGCGUAUUUUGCACGUUAAUGGUUUCAGUGAUAAAGAGAAAAAACAGAAAAUUGAAGAUAUCAAAAAGAAUAUUCGAGACGCCAUUAUUACCAUAACGGGGGCAAUGUCGACGCUUAGCCCACCAGUAGCUUUAGAAAAACCUGAAAACCAAGUCAGAGUGGAUUGGAUUCAGGACUGCGCAACUGGUCCUGAUUUUGACUAUCCUCCAGAAUUUUAUGAUCACACUGAGGCCCUUUGGAAGGACAGAGGUGUACAGGCUACCUUCGAUAGAAGUAAUGAGUACCAACUCAUAGACUGUGCUAAAUAUUUCCUCGAUCAAGUAAGUGUGAUCAGAAGGCCAGAUUAUACACCCACUGAACAGGAUAUACUGCGUUGUCGUGUCCUUACUAGUGGAAUUUUUGAAACACUCUUCCAAGUUGAUAAAGUCAAUUUUCACAUGUUUGACGUUGGAGGGCAGCGAGACGAGCGCCGCAAAUGGAUCCAAUGCUUUAAUGAUGUGACGGCCAUUAUUUUCGUAACGGCGUGCAGCUCUUAUAAUAUGGUAUUGCGAGAAGAUCCGACUCAGAACAGGCUCAAAGAAAGUCUAGAGCUGUUUAAGUCAAUAUGGAACAACAGGUGGUUGAGGACCAUCUCCGUUAUUCUUUUCCUUAACAAGCAAGAUCUUCUUGCUGAGAAAAUUUUAGCAGGAAAGAGUAAAUUAGAAGAAUACUUUUCUGAUUUCCUAAGAUAUCAGAUUCCAGUGGAGGUCGCGAAUGAUUUCAACGAACACCCUGAAGUAUUUCGAGCCAAGUACUUUAUUAGGGACGAGUUUUUGCGCAUAAGUACAGCUUCAGGUGAGGGCAAGCAUUACUGUUAUCCCCAUUUUACAUGUGCUGUGGACACGGAAAACAUAAAGAGAGUAUUUAACGACUGCCGUGACAUUAUCCAACGUAUGCAUCUGCGUCAGUAUGAACUAUUAUAACCGCCCACUUCAUUUUCAAGCAUAUUUUUUGGUCUCCAGCGCUUAAUUCCUCCCUUUUGGCCGGCUAACAACGUUCACUUUACGUUUGUCAACCAAAAAAGUGGUCGAUGUAGCAGCUACAAGAAGCGAAUGGCCAGUGUAAUAGCCAUUAUUUUUUAUUUCUCUUUUCAUCUCCAUUAGCUGAAAACUAAUUUUUAAAUAGUACUAUACUGUUUAAAACUAUAACCGAGUAUAGUUGUGAUUAUUAAUUUAUAAUAAAAAAAAAAACGUUUUGGUUUAAUAAAUAAUCUUAAUGGUCCAAGCGAUUCUCUAACUAUGGACAUUAAAUCAAUCUCAGACUAAAAGAAUAUUGGAGCAUUUAGGAUAAAUGUGUAGUGGAAAUAUAUAAAUCUUUACUAUAAAAGGAAAUUCAAUGUCUGGUCAAUAGAUGGCUUUAAUUUAAAAAGGUAACUGUUUGCUCAAUUUACAAUGUUUAAAAAUAUUUUGAUGUACUUUUUUAUUGAUUUUUUUAAACCCGAAACAAUCAGUAUGACUGUUUAGAGUAACUAUUAAACAUUUGUUAAAAUUACAGGCAGUUGCAUUAAAUUUUUAUUUACCGUGAAACAUUGAGCAACGUUUAGAAAUAUUUAUGCAUUUAUAUAUACAAGAAUCCUUCUCGACAUAGAUCAUUCUCAAGUAUAUUUUAUAGUUAAAAUGACAUAAAGCUAGUCUUGGAUAAUGACGUUGUCAAUGACAUUGAUUAUGAUAAAAUAUGUAGUAUAUAUGUGCAAACUUUUCAUAUAAAUUUAAUGUGCCAUUUUUUCAAAGGACUCGUACAUAUGUAGUACAAUAAGAGAUGUAUCAAAAUAUCUACAAUGCGUUGACGGAAUUUAUAUUUAAAAGAUUGAAAAAACAGAAAAGAAGUGUACAAAAAAUAUCUAUCUUAUAAUAUAACAAAUUAAUAACGGGAAAAUAAACAUCUGAACAAAUUGCUCUAAAUAUUGCUCCACAAUAAUUGAGUUUAUAAAUAAUAAGUAAUACAGAAUUUUCCGAAAUUUAAAUUGUUAAAAACUUUUUUCGCAGUGUAUCCACAGUAUACAGCUCUUUAUCGCUGUUACGCCUUUUGAAAGCUGACUAAUCUUAAGGAUUCGUUUUAAAAGCUCCUAACUAUAUAUUAAUCGAAUAUAAUUUCUUUACAAAUCUAGUAAAUUAAAAAAUGCAAUAUUAAAAUGAAAAAUCACACUUGUUGUAUAUAAAAUUCGUUCCAUAGAUUCCUUGGUCGUACCAUAGGCCGUACCUGUAUAUUAACAUAAACUAGGCAGUCUGUAGUCUGAUGAUGUCUCCAGAAUCAUCUAGUGAAAGUCAUGACGAUUUGUUUUUCCUAAUAAGUGGAAGUUUACUUCAUAUAAGAUCAAAGAAGAAGAAGAAACGCAGGUAUUGGAUACAUCCUAUAGUAAAAUAAUGAAAAAAUAAAGGAAUGUUUUACACGUUAGUUAACGAAAUUAAAGAUAGCCCAGAAAAGCAUCUUCCGAAAUAAAACUGUGGGUAACCUCUUCCCAAGCAUGUUUUUUCUUUGUUUUAUUCGAAUAUUUAUUUGAGCGCAUUUCCCAAAUUGCUGGCUGUGUGUGAAUUUCGGUAAUUAAUUUAUCGAUGUCUAUAGCCUCCAUUAUACAAAAUUUGGCAAACACUCACAAAAGUAACCAAAUAAAACCGCUACAAAACAGUCAUACGUCUGUGUUGAAGCACGAGAUAUCUAUUACUGAUGUGCCACCAGAAGUCAUAAAAUUGCCGACGGCGCAUGGUACUCAGCAUAGGCCGUGCGGCGGCCGACGCAGCGAGCUGACGAACGAAGCUCGUCUGUGUUGCACAACAUAACUACCAUAGACGAGAGACCGCUUUCAACGCCGCCGCCGACGUGGCGCACGCCGUCCUGUCUGUGUUUAACAUAGUAGUAAU